AUGGCGUUACCCUCUCGUAUUUUAAGACGUGCUUUGCCAUUUUUCUAUCAAAAAAGAUUUGAAACAACCGUUGCAAGUUUGACUAAAGAUGAAAUUUUAAUUUUAUUAAGACCACCCUUCACUAAUUGGAGUAAUGUGAUUCGGGAAGCGGAGAAAGUUGUCGGCUAUCCGACCUCUUUCAUGAACUUAAGGUGUCUAUUGAGCGAUGAAUUUGCUAAUCUCGCGCUGUAUUUACGUAAACUGGUUGGCAGCAACCAUCUCGUAAUGCAAACAGCUAAAAACGUCCUCUACGGAGACUCCAAGAACCUCCAACCUUGGGGCCUCAUCAUGCUGCUCCUGUCAAAAUCCGUCAAAAUAAGAUCAUCUCAAACGAAAUUAAUUGAAGAUCAACAAAGGCAAUUAGCGGAACUAACUGAAAUGAUGAGGACGGGACAUCUUAUACACAGAGGCAUCGUCAACGUCCCAUUCGCGAAACGCUCAAAGAACACAGAAUCAGCCAUAUUCGGGAACAAAAUCGCUAUCCUACUCGGUGACUAUCUAUUAGUCACUGCAAAUGCAAUGCUGGCCGGCCUCAAAAACGCUGACGUCCUAUACAUUGUGUCCACCGCGUUACGCGAUCUGUCUGAAUCAGAAUUCUUUGGGGAACGGGACGAACAGAACAUGCCGUUACCUGGAAAACCGAAGAAAAAUACAGACGACGAUAUAACCUUUGACACCACAUCCAUAACCGCUGAUGACGUGUUAGGGAAACCGCGCAAGGAAUGGACUGCUAGAACAGUUUACAACGGAGUCAGUUUGUUAGGCCGUGGUUGCCAAUCGGCGAUGAUGCUCGGCAAGCAGAAUCGUGAUGUUCAGAACAGCGCCUAUCAUUUCGGAUGUCAUGUGGGAUUAGCGUGGCAAGCGGCUACGGAACUACAAGCCUUAAACGCCGACAAUAAAGACAGGUUUUGUCUAGCAAGUGCCCCGGUGCUGUUCGCGUUGGAAGAAAACCCUGAACUAUACAAAGUCAUCGAUCAAGCCAAGAACGACGUAAAAGAUGUGGAUUAUGAAGAUCUGAAGUUUAAUAUAUUGAAAACGGACGCUGUUGAUAAAACCAAAAUGCUGUAUGAGGACCACGCGAAAAAGGCGACUGGAUAUAUUGAAAGUAUCGCUAGAAAUGAUACUGUUGAAAUGAUCAAAAAGUUGAUUAAUACGUAUUAA